AUGGCCAGGACGAGAUCGACCAAGACCGGCCCAGCCACCUCGACAGAGUCUGCCACGCCGUCCCAAAUCACCCUGAGCGUCAAGCCCGGUCCGCCGCCCAGGCUUCUCAUCCUGCCAAAGCAUGCAAGUUCAAAGGCUCGUAUCGUCUCUCUGCCUAACCCAAGGCAUGGCCGGCCAAGCCGCUACCUGGUCUGUCCCGAAUCUGGCGUCUACGAGUUCAUAAAGGUCGCUGCUCCGCGGACCACCCCGCGCAGCUGGCUCAUCGAGACGCACGACCAAGACAAUGGCGCAAAGGAGGCCGGGGCCGACGUCGUCAUGGAUGCGGACCUGUACAUGGCGACGGAAAUCGACCCGUUGUUUCUCGUCUUGCCUGCGCUGGCAGACGCCAAAGCCCCCAAAGGCUCCAGAACGAAGAAGCGUCUAUUUCUGACAAGCGAUGACCACCUAGACAAGCUCCCCGAGGAGUCGUCUCACCUCUCCGAGAUCCUUGGUUGGCGAAAAACGCGAGCUCUGUUCGAAAACAGAAUGGCCGUCGUUUGCGACUCGGUCGAGGCCGGCGACGAAAGCAUGCUUCGCCUAAGCGAGGACAAGCUCCUCACGGCCAUACUCGACAAGGCAAAACAGAUGAGCGACGGAGGUCUGCCUCCAAGCAUGGAAGACAAGUUUGUCAAUAGGGCCCUCGAGGCACCAACUCUCAUGCCAAGUCGCAACAUCGAUGCUGGCGAAAGCUCAGCUUGCCGUGCAACAGCUGAAUCGCAGGGAACAACACCCCGGACCGAACUGGCCGACUCCCAGUCCACGGCGGCGUCGCUUGUCAUCGCCUCAUCGUCAGCCUCGCAACCCUCGACUACAAUCACGUCGGUUCCAGGCGAGGACGAAGCCAAUGUCGUCGUUGCGAGCGCUGUGGAAGCGCCACACGCUAUUGUCAACCUCCAGCGGUUACGAGUUGCUUUCGACUUCAUCUGCUCGAAUUAUGUUUCGCCAAACCUCACAGAGCAACUGCAGCUCUUGUUGAAGGAUUCAGCCCGGGUCGACUUCUCUCCUCUGGACGACUACCUCGCCAAGGUGGCCCAGCUGCGGGCGGAGGCAGUGGCUACAGGGGCAUUUUCCGACUUCUCGCGCAAGCGUUCGCGAGACGAGGAGGAAGACGAGGCCAGGGCCGACAGGAAGAGAAAGUUGGAAGAUGAAAAGAAGCGAAAGGCAAACGAGAGCCGGGGGGUCAGGGAUCUCAAAAAGGUCAACACCAGCGGGAUGAAGAAGAUGAGCGAUUUCUUCAAGGCAAAAUGA